CACGCCCAAUGGCUUCACUAAGGACCUCGACGCUGCUCCCGCAGUGCACGUCGUGUAUACGGAGAGUGACGCGGCAAAAUUUGGGGGUUUCGGCGUCGCAGCAGACCCGCAACAUCUCAAAGAAGGCGAAAGAGGCAGAGCGCAACAUUGUCGUGAAGCUACUAAAGGAUGUGCCAAGAUUCGGUCGCGCAGGCUCAUAUGUCCCGCUCAACCCUUCUCUCAUGCGUAACCGAUGGUUCCCCGCACGCGUCGCCGACUAUGUUCCCGCUACCCAAAUGAAGCAGCUCAAGGCGCAGGAUGUGGACAUGGGCCGCGACUUCUCAUAUGGCGUACGACUGAACCUGGAGGAGGCGGAGGAAGAGGAGGUCGACUUCAUGAAGCAGCCGAAACACUAUGUACGGCCGAUUGAAAUCGAUGUGCUCAGCCCUGAGCGAUCCAUGGAGCUCCUCGAUGCGUUUGUACCACCCACGAUCGACUUUUACCGCCAGCGAAUCGAGCAAGACAGCCCAUCGAGCGGGCGCAUGGGUGCGUCUGGUGCAGCAGACAUUUUGACUGCAGCGGCGAUGGGCAAGAAGGCGUCUGCAGAUGCUAUCUACGGCUCUGUCUCAAGCACCGAUCUCGUGGCCACUAUAAAGGGAGCGCUGGCGCACAACGACGAGGCGGCCCGCGUGAUACUGAAUGAGGCAGACGUCAAGUUCCUCUCUGGGCACGAGGAGGGCGACACAUCGCGUGUCAAGCAGCUGGGCACAUUCAAGGCCGAGAUACGGUUACCCGGCGUAGAGGAACCUAUCGUGAGGAAUAUCCGGAUCAGAGCGAAGGGAUCGGAAUCAUGAGGCUUGGUUAACUGGCCGCAACAUAUCGUAGACCCCAACUUCCGGACAUCUGGAGAGGCCCAGAACCUCACCUUCCGAGGAUUCCUCCGCCUCGCUGUAAAGAUAUACCUGUGCCAUCCAUGUCAUUUGCAUUUCCGCAUAUCGGAAAAAUUCAACAACACCUCAAUUAUGAUCACGAUAUGGCGCAUAUGUCUUGUCCCGCAUCAUCAGAGUGACUUCAUUGGUGGGACCUUGCAUGCUCUAGACGGAGCUGAGUAACAUGGAAGAAGUGGCUGGCUCGGUAAUUCGAGGCGUAAGGCGAGAUAGCGUUUUGCGGCGAGACUCGGACAACAUGUCACCUGUGGAUUGCAAUGAUGCUU